CAGUCACAUUCCGUCCCAUUUGUAGUUCAGGACGAACCAACUUAAUUUAUUAAUUUCGAACAACGACCACGCCGCGUACAUGCUCCUCAAAAUUUUAGGAGAACCAUUUGCUCAAAAAAUAUCACAACCUUCGAUAAGAUGGGACUGGACGACGCCUCACGCGACACCUCCUCCAAAAAGGGAAGCUGUCUCUCCGUCUUUAAAACCUUAUCCGUCGAACCGGCCGGAUUUCUCGUUAUCUGUUCCAUCAUCAUGAGCCACCUAAUGUUUCAAAAUCUCUUGAUGGAAACCGCCUGUCGAGGUGACCUCGGCUACGAGGCUGCCACUUGCAAAGAAAUCAUUACCAAAGUCAAUGCCUCAUACAAAACUCAGGAACGCGAAAUCCAAAAAGUCGUCGCGGACUUGCAGGCCAUCACGUCCGUCCUAUUCGGCUCGAUAAGUGUCCUCGUCGUGCUGUUUAUUGGACCAUGGAGUGACUCGAAUGGGCGCAAAAUUCCCCUCCUGAUAUCCUGCAUGGGCAUGUUGUCCUUCUCCGGGAUGAUGAUCCUCUGCUAUUUUCUCCUCGAUAAGGUCAAACUCAACGCGUUGACGUUGACAUUAUUGGUCAUGGGACCCAUCACGCUUUCCGGGGGUGGGCACGUGUUCGGCAUGUCGGCGUACAGCUACAUUGCAGACACGACGAGUGAAAAGAGCAGGACGUUGAGAACGGGUGUGCUCAGCGCGUCGGUGAGGUCCGCGAUGCCGAUCGGCUAUGCGAUUGGGGGUGGACUCAACAAAUUUGGGGUCAAGAUAACCACCAGUCUCAUGUUGGCGAUGGGGUUAGGAUUAGUUGGGUUUGUUAUUCUAUUGCUAACGGUGAAGAAUGUAAGGCCAAAAAAUACUGAAGUCGACGACGUCGACGGUUCCGAGGUGACGAAGAGGAAGAAACGGUCGGCGUGGAUUAGGUACAAUCCGUUGACAAAGUUGUGGCAGGCGUUCGCAAUUUUGUGGAAGAAGAGGAAGGACCGCGUCGGGUUUUGGUUGUUGAUUGUGGCACACAUGAGUUAUGCCGCGCCGGGAUCGGGAGAGUAUUCGAUGCUUUAUCUCUUCGUGAGAGAAAGGUUGCAAUGGAACGUGAGUGAUUACGGGUUCUUCUCAAUGUACAAUUGGUUGAUGAGUGCGGCAGGUGUAUUCUUAUCCAUGUUCAUCCUCAGUAGAAAGUUGAAGAUAUCCGACCCUAUCGUCGGACUUGUCGCAGGCUUUAGCCAAAUUGGUGGUUCUACGAUGUAUGCUUUUGCAACCACGGCGUUGGCCAUGUAUUUGGCUUCUGCCACCGACUUGAUGAACGGGACGAUUGGUGUCGUCGUGAGGUCGAUGUUGUCCAAAACCGUGGCUCCGGACGAGAUUGGGAAACUGUUCGCACUUUUGGGCGUGCUUGAAAGUCUAAUUCCAAUCGGGAUGGUGCCCACGUAUGCGAUGCUGUACAAAAACACGGUCACCAUCUUUGCAGGAGCAUUCUUCUUGCUGUCAGCCGCACUCACGAUACCGGCGGAGAUCAUAUUUAUUUAUUUUAUCUGCACGAAACGCAACAUGUCUCCGAAGAAGGAGGAGCAUGCUCUCGACGGUGAGCUUGGUCCGAGCGGAAAGCCCCUCGUCGUGCACAAGGGUGCCUUAGAAGAUCGGAUCAAUAAUGAAUUGGUGAGAUUAAUGCCGCAGGAGAUGUAUUCUAGUAAGGACUGCAUGGUGGGGGUUUUUGAAGCAAAAAACGCUGUGAAAAAUGACAAUGAUGACGAGGAGGAGAAAUGAGACGGCAAAAAUAAUAGAUUAGAUUUUAUUUAUGUAUGUAAAUUUGACCAUAUACCUAUUUUGGCACGAUAUUCUAGUGGAAGUACGAAAGUAUUCAUUUUUAAUCUAGUGGAAGUACGAAAAAAUAUGGCGAUGUAUAUUUUAUACGUGUUUAUAACUGACAAAUAAAUUUCAUAUGAAUGAAUUAAUCGAA